AUGGCAGGACUAUCGACGCUGAGCGACAUGGCCGGUUAUGUGUCCAUAGGUUGCUGGCUGGGCGCUCAAUUUCCCCAAGUUCUGGAGAACAUACGACGCCAGUCUUGUGAAGGCCUUGCUCUUCCAUUUCUUGGAAACUGGUUCCUCGGGGAUCUGUCGAAUCUCAUCGGGUGCCUGCUAACGCACCAGCUUCCCUUCCAAACAUAUCUCGCAACCUACUUUGUAUUUGUGGACUUGACAUUAGUAGUCCAAUACUUCUAUUACUACCGAAAGGCGUCAUUGGCCAUGGCCACGGCCAUUCGAACUCGACCUCGAGCGACAUCCACUUUAAGCCAGCGUUCCGUUGACCGUGCAGCCCCUCGGUAUCGGACACUUUCGGCGGUCGCCGCCAACGUCGCCCACGCGGCAGCGCUUGCAGCCCAGCACGAGGAAUCCACGCAUCCUAGACGCUCUCGCCACGGCCGCUCGCAAAGGGAACAAGGUUCUGAGGUAGUGCACGAGGGUUCCAGCACCCGCAUGGCUGAAUCUCAAGAUCCGCACCUGGACGGCGAUGAUGACGAUGAGGUCAAUCCCAUGGCACUCAGCUUUUAUUCCGAGGGAGGGGAUAGACACAAGGGCCGGGUUACAUGGAGUGCUGAACGGGGUGCGAGUUUAGGACGCUCUCGGACGCGGAGCACCGUCCUUCCCAACCCCACGACUGACUUGCACGAUCGCGACCGGGGACGAUCAACGCAACGCAGUGUGGACAUGGAUAUGGGCGAAGAAGUAGAAACGCCAACCGUUAGAAAAGCCUCACGAGCGAGUAAACGAGGUGCCAGCCUCAUAUUUCUCAGCGUAUGGACUCUCUUCGGCAUAGGAUCCUAUGCAAACAACUACAACAGUGCUUCGCCAGGUACAACAGAUGUCGGUCGAUUAGUUUCGACAGGAGGAAUCCCGAUACCAUUCACUUCAUCCACACCAUUUCCCGACGACACCAUAUACCACGCCCCACCAGCGCCCAUCAUUAUCGAUACCAAUAAUCAUGGCAUAUCUCCACAAGAAGAACCCCCUCAUACUCCCCCACCAGAUUCCGACCACAAACUAUCAUCUGAACGCAUCUUAGGCCGCAUCUUCGCAUGGCUGUGUACAACGCUAUAUCUGACCUCCCGACUGCCGCAAAUCUGGAAGAAUUUUGUUAGAAAAUCUGUAGAGGGUCUUUCGAUGUACUUAUUCGUCUUUGCUUUCCUGGGUAAUUGCUUCUACGUACUGUCUAUAAUGACCUCCCCAAAAGUCCAACAACCACCUCCAAUAUCUACCGACUUCCUCAAGGAGAGCCUUCCGUACUUACUAGGCAGCGGUGGCACGCUGCUCUUCGACGUCACCAUCGUCUCACAAUCAUUCAUCUACCGGCCAAAACCCCGACAUCACAGGUCGCGCAGCAAUCGACUUUCGGAGGAAGAGGCUGGGUUGCUUACCGGGGACUCGUUGGCCACCACGACGCACAAUCCCUAG